CCCCGAUGCUGCUGAUAGCACUUCCUUCGAUGUGCAACUUGGAGACAUCAUUUUGACUGCGACAGACGGCCUCUUUGACAACAUGCCUGACUACAUGAUUCUGCAGGAGUUAAAAAAGCUAAAGAACUCAAACUACGAGAGUAUACAGCAGACUGCAAGAAGCAUCGCAGAGCAAGCGCACGAGCUGGCCUAUGAUCCCACUUACAUGUCACCGUUCGCACAGUUCGCGUGUGACAACGGGCUGAACGUGAGAGGGGGAAAACCAGAUGACAUCACCGUCCUUCUUUCUAUUGUAGCUGAAUACACAGACUGACUCGCCGGGAGCGUCGGCCUC